ACACGGGCGCGUUCACGAAUGACCUUGUUUUUGUUGACGUUUAAUGAGUGCGGCUGCGCGGUUGCCGUUGAUCUCACCGUUGCUGACGCGACUAUUCACGGGGCAAAGAAACAACUAAGCUAGCGGUUCAAUACUUAGUAUUCUAUAGUUUAAAUUUGUUAGUACAUAGCGAGUUAAAAUUGGUAAAUUCCCCAGAAAAGCGACGAAGCAAAGUAUCCCGUAUGUAAUCGUCCUCGCUUGUCAUCGGACGCCGCCAGCAAAGGCCCAAGAACAACAUCGUUUAUCGACAUUAUAUGAUCCAACGUCCGGAGUCAGGUUUACCCUCCAUGUGGGUGAGGGAAUUGUGUGUGUCAGACUAUGGCGAGAAAAACAGUUAGCAGGAAAAGAAAGGCAGGGGAGCCCAAGGACCAACAACAGCUGGGCUGGUGUCAGGCACCGUACAAGCGGAGCAGAGUCUCUUAUUCUUCACGUCAUGUGCAGUGGUGGCACAGUCGCCACUCGGUCGUCUGCGCCCUCCGGGGCCGAGAGUUCAGACCUCAGCAACAGCAUGAAUUGCAGCUCCAGCGGAGCCUUCGUGGAUUUGCCGCAGGCAGGCUCCCUGGCAUUCUGAAAGAGAGGGAGUUCUCUCUUGGGCGUCUAAACAAAGUAUUUGCCUCACAGUGGCUCAACCAACAGCAGGUUGUAUGCGGGACCAAAUGCAACACGCUUUUUGUAACUAAUGUCAUGACGGGGCAAAUCACUCGGAUUCCCAUGCUCAAAGACAGGGAGUGUCAUGGUGGAGGCUCUGUGAUAGGAGCGGUGCAGAAUUAUAACACAACCACAAGCUCUCAUUCCCGGCUUGACCAGCAGGGAUGCGGGAUCCAUGCUAUUGAAAUAAACACUUCAAGAACCCUCUUAGCUACUGGAGGAGACAACCCCAACAGCCUCGCCAUUUACAAGCUGCCUACGCUGGACCCCGUUUGUGUUGGAGAUGAUGGCCACAAUGACUGGAUCUUCUCAAUAGCAUGGAUCAGUGACAGGAUGGCAGUGUCUGGUUCACGAGAUGGCUCCAUGGGUCUUUGGGAGGUAACAGAGGAAGUAAUGAAUCAAGCACAGCACAGUCAGAAUGAAACAGCCAUGCCCUCCUAUGCCCACAUAUCCCACCGAGCCCUCAAAGACAUCCCAAAGGAGAACACUCACCCAUACAUCUGUAAAGUUCGGGCUUUGGCCUUUAACAACAAUCACAAAGAGCUUGGUGCUGUAUCUUUAGAUGGCUACUUCCAUCUUUGGAAAGCUGAGCACACUUUGUGCAAGCUUCUGUCUACAAAGCUGCCUCACUGCAAAGAGAAUGUGUGUCUGGCAUACGGGCAGGACUGGUCAGUAUACGCUGCCGGAUCUCAAGCCCAUGUGUCUUUUUUGGAUCCUCGUCAGCCGAUACACAGCAUAAAAUCAGUGAAUUCCAGAGAGAGGGGAAGUGGGAUUCGUUCAGUCAGUUUUUAUGAGCACAUCGUGACAGUGGGCACUGGUCAAGGGUCACUUCUCUUCUACGACAUCCGCGCUCAGAGAUUUCUCGAGAACCCUUUGAUAACAACUGGAGGGUACCGGAAGUGCUCGGGAGAGGGCAUUCUCAAGCUCACAACAGGGAAAGGCUGGCUGAAUCAUGAUGAGACAUGGAGGAGUUAUUUCUCAGACCUUCACUCUUUUCCAAAUGCCGUAUACACGCACUGCUAUGACGACUCCGGCACUAAACUGUUUGUAGCCGGCGGACCACUCUGUUCUGGCCUUCACGGGAACUACGCAGGAUUGUGGAGCUAGCCCUGUCAUCCUCUACAGUACAUCCUGAGAGGAUGUCAUGUUAUAUCCAAACUUUCCCUUCAUUUCUCCCUUUCGGCAAACUCCAUAGUUACAUUUACAUACAGCCAAUAACGCUUUCAUGAUCUUUUUUUGGCAGUAACGUGUAUGCAAGGCCAUGUAAAUCUUACUCAAAAACUUGAUUACGUAUGCUCAUAUCCUGGUUUUUUAAAACACGCUUACUUGACUGGCUACUGCCAAAACCCCCAAUAAAAGGGUUAUUGGCUGCAUGUAAGUGAUGCCAAUGUCUCUGUUGGAUUCAGGACAACGACAUAGCCACCACCAUAUCACAGCUUUGAUUUUUGUUGUCCGUCAAACCGGUCCUCAAGGGCUGCUGUGGGUUCAGAUUUUUGUUCAAACUGAUCCAGCACAGACCGUUUAACCACAGCGGUUUCUGCUGAAAUAUGAAGUACCGAACUUCAAUAUACUGAUUACACUUGUAAGAAAACAGAUUGGUGAAAAGGUCUCCUUUUGAUCAGUUGGAAUGAAAACCUGCGCCAAAGUGUUCCUUUUUUCAUUCCACCAAAGCAAUUUUUUUUUAACAUAAAACUUUAAACCAACCGUUUUACAAGAGCUGCCAAUGAGAACCCUUGAGGAGUUUUUAAAAAUUGUUUCAUUAACAAUAACAAAAUUUGUGAUUUGUCUCUUUGGUUUGGUUUAUAGCAUGUAAGAUACAAUGUUUUUGUGAAGAUGGACCAUUUCGUUUGCUUUCUGACCAGACUGAAUGGCAAUAAUAUUACAAACAGAAAAGGAAAGAGGAUUGAAGAAUUUAGGACCUAGCCUGCGACGCAUUGUUUUUUUUCACAAACCACACAAAAAAAUCUACAGCACAGCAAAAUUAAGACAGCCUAUAACAAUCAAAAUAAGACAUUUUAGGCAAUUAUUUGUGGUCAAAAUCAUACAGGAGAAAAGUACACUGGUCUCUUUUGAUGUAUAACCCCUUUCAAAUUUUGAUUUGAGUGGCGUACAGUUUCUGAUGAUAUUAAUUAUAUAUUUAUUUAUUUCCCCUUUACACCACCCACAUUUUAAUGGCUUGGGGAAGUGUUUGAUUUAUGAAGGUGUAUUCCUUUCCCCUAAACCUUGAGUUACUUUGCUGUUCGAUCUGACCACAACGCUUUCUGCAGUUUUGCACACUUCUUUGUGUUCAUAUACUUACAAUACUUAUUACUUAAAUAUGUUAAGUCUGCCAUCACAAGAUGAUUUUCACCUAUUUUGGGUUUUAUUAUAUGUAUAGUUUCUUGUCAAAUAGUUCUCUUUCUUGAUUUGGUUGACUUGCCUGUGAUGCUGAGACCUUGCGGUGACUAUGGAAGAAAAACCGGUAGCUCCGAAAACCUUUCAGCCAUCAGAAUAGAAGAAGAGAUUUAAGAUUCAUUGUUUGCUCGACUCAAAAUUUUGGUACUACAUGCAUGUGUCGCAGUUGUAAAACGUAUUGUUUGUAUCAAGGAGUGAUCUUGCUCAUGUCUUUUGGUAGAGGCAGGGUAGGCAUAAGUCUUUUUUUUUUUGCCUUGGUCGGACAAGUCUUUCUGUGAAAGAAUACCAUAGGCUAUAAAUUAUCUUUUUUUUUUACAUGGAAUAUUUUCUGAUGAUUUGAAAGGAAAAAACCCAACUGCACCGAUAACUUAAAUAACCAACACGCUUCGUGUAUUUUAUAUAAAUGUGGACCGGUAUAUAUAUGUAUGAAAUACAUAAUGACAUUUGCAUACAUUUUAUGUAUAUUUCUGAAGAUGUGUGUGGAUUGAUGUGUCUACUAAUUGAUGCUGUUUUUUAUACAUAUGAAUGUUUUUACCAAGAUGCAAUUUGGGAUGU